UAUGACUAUUAAGUAUUAACACUCUCUUUAUCUUUCUAUAUAAAUAAUAAAUAUACUUCCAUCAUCAUCAGCAGCAGCAAAACAUACACUAUCAUAAACUGUUUCAGCUUCCUUCGUUCUAUCUAUUCAACUUAAACUACAUGACGAAGGAAAUGGCUGGAAAAACCUUCUUUUCGAAGAAAAACAAAGUCCGAAAUAAACUCGCCAUUCUCCUUCACAGCUCAGAACCAAACGUUUUCAUCACCACCCACCAGCAACCAGAAAACUCCGAAAUCAGUUUUAAUCACCGGAGUAGCAAUGCCUCAUUACCUAGCCCUGUCAUGUCUUCAUGUUCUUCACCAGCCUCCUUCAUGUCUCCAAUCAACCAUAUACCAUCACCCUACUCCGAAUCUCCUUGGACUCUUCCUCAUGAUAGCAAUGGAGAAGAUGGUAUAAUCUACAACACUGGCUUGAUAGGGUCUUUGAUACGUGAAGAGGGUCAUAUUUAUUCGUUAGCAUCGUCCGGGGAUAUGCUGUACACAGGUUCGGAUUCUAAGAACAUUAGAGUGUGGAAGAAUUUGAUGGAGUUUUCAGGUUUCAAAUCGAGUAGUGGAUUAGUGAAAGCAAUCGUCGUUUUUGGUAAUCGGAUAUUUACGGGCCACGAGGACGGGAAGAUUCGUGUUUGGAAGUAUUCAGAUAAGAAGAAAAAAGCUUACAAACGGAUCGGUAAUUUACCCUCGACAAAAGAUUACAUCAAGAGCUCUAUGAACCCUAAUAAUUACAUUGAAGCAAGACGACACCGUAACCUUCCAUGGAUCAAGCAUUAUGAUGUUGUUUCUUGCAUGUGUUUGGAUGAAGAAACAGGGUUGCUGUAUUCUGGAUCCUGGGAUAGAACAAUUAAAGUUUGGAGGCUUUCAGAUUCGAAAUGUUUAGAAUCUAUAAACGCUCAUGACGACGCCAUUAAUUCCGUCGUAGCUGGGUUUGACGGUUUGGUUAUUACCGGGUCCGCUGACGGGACGGUGAAGGUGUGGCGGAGGGAGUUCAUCGGGAAGACCAAAAAACACCUUUUCGCUUACACUCUUUUGGAUCAAGACAGCGCUGUCACGUCUGUGGUGGUGAACGCCUCUCAGGCCACCGUGUACGCGGGAUCCUCCGAUGGACUGGUGAACUUUUGGGUACGCAAGAAGCAAUCGUUGUCACAUGGCGGAGUUCUGAGGGGUCACAAGCUUGCAGUGCUUUGUCUUGCGACUGCCGGAAGCUUGUUGUUGAGUGGGUCGGCGGACAACAGCAUCUGUGUGUGGCGGAGUGAAGGUAGCGGCGUCCACACUUGUUUGUCGGUCUUGAAUAGUCACACUGGUCCGGUGAAAUGUCUCGCCGUUCAAGAUCGGAAUGAGGAUUAUGAUGAUGAUGAUGAUGAUCGGAAAGAUGAAGAAUGGAUAGUUUAUAGUGGCAGUUUGGAUAACUCGUUGAAGCUUUGGCGAGUGUCGGAAAUUCUAGCCUGAAAAGUGUUACUAUUCAUAGUUAAAACCAAUCUAGAUUGCCACCACGUGCCGCCUUCUGGAAGUAGAGAUCCAUGAUGGCACGCUAACUGCAAGAAAUCUUGAGUUUUUAUCGAUUGAAAUGACGAACAUCACAAUUUGUCAUUGGGGAGAAGACUGAAUGGAGAAAAUGUUUGAUCAGAUGUAUAUGGUAGCCUAUAAAUGGUGUUGAAGAUCGAUCACCACCAUUGUGUGUAUCUAUAUAGAGACACAUUGUAUGUAUCUGUAUCUCUAUAGUCAGCAACAUAGAUCCAAGAAAUUGGAGAACUGCUUAUUAAAAUGAUCUACUUGUGUGUUUCGGGAUUUUUUUUUUCUC